ACAGCGGUGGUGUCACGUGACCCUCGCCCACCCGCCGCACUCCGCUUGGCAGACCCCGGCCAGCCACACUUCAAAAUUCACCUCCGCACCAGUUUCUGACAGUUAAGCAACCAAACCACCUUCAAUAUGUCGGACGACGCUGCCGUUGCACCAGCUGCGAAUAACGUUGGGUCACCUGCUGAGAAAAAGAACCGAACCAGCAAUGUGUCACGGGCCACUGCAGAAGGUGAAGCGUUGCUGAAAGAGAUGGGCUUUGAGGAUAAGGAGACACCAGGCCGGAGGAGAACCAGGGCUGCUAUAAGGGGAGACGUAUACACACCUCCAGCCAAGAAGGAGAGGAAGACAGCCGGCACACCAGGAAGUGGACGUAGGGGCCGACCUCCAAAGAAGAGUGAAGAGAAGAAGGAAGAACCUGUAGCAGAGGAGAAAGAAAAGAAGGAAGAUGUAGAUGAGAAGAAGGAGUCAGCAGCUGAAGAGCCCAGUGCUGAUGGAGAAGCUGAAGAAGAAAAGACAGAGUGAAGGGGAACACUGUGGAGCUAUGGUACAAAUGUUUACCUGAUGAUUCUUCAAGUACACAAUAAGGUUGUAAGGAGUUCGUGAAUAAGCAAAUCAACGCACAGAAGGGGGAUGGGGGUACAGAUGGAGUUAUUCUGCCUCAACAUGUGAAACCUUGAUUGAAGAUUUAUCAACAAAGGUUCAGAACCUGUUUGCGAAGUGAUCAAAAAAUCAGAAUCUUUAGUGCCAAAGGAAAGCUUGUUUGACAGUUUAAAACUGGAAACUGGUCUUAUUGAAUAAAAGUCUUAAGAUUUGCAAUUUCUGAUCAAACUUCAGUGUUCAGGAUGUUAGGGAGAUGAAGUACAUCCCAUCUACCGAUUAUUUUUGAUGAGGGCCAACUUCUCUUGUAUCUUCCAAGUAUCUUAUAGAGGACUAAAAACCUAAAAAUUGCUUCUAGUGACUGCUGUCACAGGAUUUUGUUAUGAGCAGCAUUACUUCCAUUACUUUAGACUAUAAAAACAUGGUGAAAUUAAAGAAAUCUUCCAAUAUUAUUAUUAGAAAUUAAUAGAAUCUGUGCAAUCUUACCCUUGAAUUAGGGUACAUUAUAUCUAAUCCUCAAUUUCAUACAGGAUAUUUUAUGUGUGUCUCAUAGUCCAUGCUGAAUGAGUGAAAAUAGGUUGUUUUUAGAUUUUUUUAUUGUGUGUGUACUGGCAUCUUGUCAAACCAAAUUAGAUGUUUUUGUUGUAGAAAACAGAAGUGUGUUAUAUUUCGUCUUUAUCCCUUACAACUGGUCAUAUUUUCCUCCAGACGACCAGAGACAAGCUUUAUACUAUCUUUAAUAAAAAAAACAAAGUUACUCUCAAAGAUCUAUGCAUCUCAGUGUGAGGUACCGUAGUUAUAUGCUAUGAGUCAGAUAUCUGUAAAAUGGUUAGGAAAUUUAUAAUGCUCUGGUAUGGAGCAUUUAAAUUAAGAAAAUUUUCACAAGGUAUGGUACUGUAUUAGAUAAUUCUGUUUUAUAAUUUCUUGACUGGCUGUUCCAUGCUAUAAAGUGGAAUAAAAAAUUAUGUUAGCCUGA